CCGGCUGGCCCAGGACCUGGCCGCGCAGGCGCCCGGAGAAGGCCGCGUGCUUGGGGUUGUAGUGGGGAGGCGGCGCUCGGCCGGCGGGGCCUGCGGCGGGAGAUUCCGGGGCUGCAAGAGCGCAAGAACUGUCAUGGGCCAACUCUGGCUGCCUGACCCCAGCCUCAGAACAUGAAUCAGCAGAAUCGGAACUGAAUUCCGUCUCAUCCUCUGUGUCACUUAACAGGAUUUGCCACCUUGGGAUCCAUGGCUUUCUCCCUUGGGCUGUGGCCCUUUGGCUGUGUCAACCGAGCCCUGAGCCAGCGCUGUUUCAGCACCACAGGCAGCCUCAGUGCAAUCCAGAAGAUGACGCGGGUCCGUGUGGUGGACAACAGUGCCCUGGGGAACACACCGUACCAUCGCCCUCCUCGCUGCAUCCAUAUCUACAACAAGAGUGGGGUGGGCAAGGUGGGUGACCAGAUACUGUUAGCCAUCAAGGGACAGAAGAAGAAGGCGCUCAUUGUGGGCCAUCGCAUGCCUGGCCCUCAGAUGACCCCCAGGUUUGACUCCAACAACGUGGUCCUCAUUGAAGACAACGGGAACCCUGUGGGGACCCGGAUCAAAGUACCCAUUCCCUCCAGCCUGCGUCAGCGGGAGGGCGAGUACUCCAAGGUCCUGGCCAUUGCCCAGAGCUUCGUGUGACUGGAGCCUGGGUCUGUGGCUGCAGGGGGACUUACCAGUGGGUGUUACUGGAGCCUGGGCCAUGCCAAGAGGGUGUCUGGGGCUACAUGGCUGUUCCCCUUGGGCCAGGUAGCAGCCGUGUGACAAAAUAAACAUUUCUGUGUUUGUUUUCA